AUGGUGCGCCUGCAGGCCCUGCUUCUUACAGGUUUUCUCUGCUGUGAGGCAAACCCAACAGGGCCCCAGAUGCCAGAAACAGAUCCUGUGGCCAGUGAAGAGUCGUCCUCGUUCCGCCUACUCAAGGUCUUGUCCUUCCCCAACCACACCUGGGCAUCCAGCCAGGGCUCAGGGUGGCUGGGAGAGCUGCAGACUCAUGCCUGGGACAGUUCCCUAGGCACUGUUCACUUUCUGCUGCCCUGAUCCCACGGAAACUUCAGCAAGCAGAAGCUGAAGAACUUCCAGGCUCUUCUGCGGCUCUAUUUCCAUGGCUUUACCCACACAGUGCGGACUUUUGCCACCCAGAUGCAGUUUGAAUACCCCUUUGAGCUCCAGAUAUCACUUGGAUGCAGGAUGCACACUGAUGAGACCUGGGAAAGCUUUCUGAAUGGGGCAUAUGAUGGAUCAGACCUCUUGAGCUUCCAAGGAGGUUCCUGGAGGGCAACCCCUGAAGCAGGAACUCGGGCUCAGAAGGUCUGUGAGGUGCUCAAUCGCUACCAAGAUAUCAAAGAAAUCCUGCUAUACUUGACCAAAACAUGCCCACGGUUCCUCGGUGGCCUCCUCGAAGGAGGAAAGUCUCAGCUGGAGCGCCAAGUGAGGCCUGAGGCCUGUCUGUCCCCUGGCCCCAGCCCUGGACCUGGCCACCUGUUGCUUGUGUGCCACGUGUCAGGAUUCUACCCCAGGAUCCUCUGGACCAUGUGGGUGCGAGGGGAUCAGGAGCAGCCAGAAACUCAGCAAGGGGACACCCUGCCCAACACUGAUGGCACGUGGUAUCUCCGGGUGACUCUGGACGUGGUGGUCAAGGAGGCAGCUGGUCUGGCCCGCAGAGUGAAGCACAGGAGUCUGGGAGGACAGGACAUCAUCCUCCACUGGGGUAAGAUGCCUGGGUCCCACUUCACACUUGGCUUGUUGGCCAUCCAGGCCAGGGCCAUCCAACACCUGGCAGUUAAUUCAAGAAUAUGGUGA